CCACCACUGCUGAUCAAAGGCGUUUGCAGAGAGCAGAUCAGACCGCCCAGGAGAACCGGACACUCACAGCUCCAUUCGCCUGCUGUUUGCGGAUCACAUCGGCAUCAUUUCAAGCCGUUUUCAGCGAGACUCUUCCCCGCAGAGGUCGGCUACCAUCGGCGUGCAUUUCCUUCCGUGCUUCUGUGGCGCGCGCGGAAGAGAGCGCGCAGUAAUAAUGGCAAGACACGGCGUGUUUUCGUUAGAUUGCAUUUCCGAAGAAUGAUCCAUCCAUCAGUCGAUCGCAUUUCACGAGCACAGACGUCCUCCUUCAUGCUCUGGACGCAGACUUUCAUGCGCAGGGGAGAGUUUUUGAGCAUGCACGGCGCAUAAGCAGAGGAAACCAACAGUUUUUGCAAACACUUGGACCGCAUUUCGCCGUCGCGUCGGCUCUUGAUUCGAUCUUUGGAUGUAUUUUUGCGGCUCUUGUCUGCUGGAGUGAUGUGCACGGUGGCAAACGCGCGUAGAUGAUAUUAAGUAACCUGCGAUGUUGCAAUAUAUGGGGGUUAUCUAUUGAGAUGUGUCUUGUUUCGUUCUGCAAACUUCAGCAUUGCACUGUUUGGCCAUGAUACUUAUCAUCAGCGUCAUUACAAAGCAGUUGUGUGAGAAUAUGGAUGCUUGAUUUUUAAUGCAAAGGGGUUUGAUGUGCAUUAAUGUCACUUUCUAAAGUACAGCGAGUCUCAUUAACCUCAGCUUGCUUUUUAAUUAAUGCGUUUUAGUGGGUGGUCAUUAAUGCUAUGCAUGACAUUUUAGCUCUCUUAAAUGCUGCUUUUGACUUUAUAAAGUGCAUUUGAGUUUAGGUCAGCAUCAUCAACGUGUUUGUGGUCACCUUAACAUAUUAAUGUGAUGCAUGUUGGCUGUGCACGCGCAUACAGACUACUUUAAUGCUAAUUCCACUUUUUAGAAUGCAUUCAUAAUCUCAUUGCAUCCCUUAACGUUACUAACUAAGCCCCGUUGUCAUUUUUCCAUAUAUCAUGAUAUGUUUGAUUGGCGUUUUGUGUGAUGCUUGUGCAUAUUGUGCAUAAUAUCCUGCUUUAAUCCACUCCAGUCCAUCAAGUUUCACAUUCAUCUCCUAGAUACGCGUCAUUGUCAUCUUUAGGAGGCGGUGUGUAGAUACUUUUGUCCGAGUCGCAUGCUGGUUUUGCCAGAUGAGAUGCUCUGAAUCUGAAGGAAACCGCUGUUGACGCUGAUGCGCAAUGACGCUCUUGCUGUGCGCGAAUGUGUCGACUCCACCUGUGGUCUCUUAAAUCGAUUGAUCCUGACAGAUUUGGGCACUUUGAACAGGCUACAGUUCGUUCUGCAUUUCUAUCACACCAGAAACACGUGGGUUUUGAUCGCACGCAUAGUGUAUUUUUCCCCGCACAUUAGUGUAGUGUCGCGCGUAUUAAAUGGUGCUGCGAAAGUUACCCGGUGUCUCCGCAUCGGGCAUGGGGCUUCGUCUUUCUCAGAAAUUCGUCUUUCUGCUGUUCCUCUCGGGCUUGGUCACUCUGUGCUUCGGGGCGCUUUUCUUCUUACCCGACAGCGUGCGUCUGAAGCGCAUUUUCCUCUCCAAAAAUGAGAGUCCCGCGGUGACUGUGGGCUCCGAGAAUGAGCUUUCCAAAAAGGUGCCCGGGGAUCCAGAGCACCAGCGGGCGGGAUUAAAAGGUGCUGAGGCCAAUCUCAAACUGAAAGUGAGCCGCACGCCGUCGGUCACCCAUGGAGCGAGAACCGUGGAGAGAUCGGUUGGGAGCCGGGCGCAGGACGAGUGGAGCCCGGCGAGGGCGCAUGAACCAGCGGCCAGGGACGAGCGGGUCACCGCGGCGGCUCAUAACCAGGAACACAGCAGCUCUUUCAACUAUGAGGCGUUUAAAAAGUGCCUCCUGAAACCACCUAUCGGAAAGGACCAGGGGACUCCAUCUGACUCCGGGACGCUUCAGAGGAGGGAGAAAGUCAAAGAGAUGAUGAAGUUUGCCUGGGACAACUAUAAGCUUUACGCUUGGGGCAAGAACGAACUCCGACCUCUGACCAGGAACGGACACAUCGGGAACAUGUUUGGUGGUCUUCGAGGAGCCUCAAUCGUGGAUUCCCUGGACACACUGUACAUCAUGGGCCUCAUGGAGGAGUAUGAAGAAGCAAAGGAAUGGGUCCAAAGCAACCUCGACCUGAACUCGAACGGCGAGGCAUCUCUGUUUGAGGUCAACAUUCGUUAUGUCGGUGGUCUUCUGUCUGCGUUUUACCUGACUGGAGCUGAGAUCUUUAAGCAGAAGGUGCUGGAGCUUGGUGAGAAGUUGUUACCCGCCUUCAACACACCCACCGGCAUCCCCAGAGGAGUCAUUAACCUGGGCAGCAGUGGCACCAGCUGGAGUUGGGGCUGGGCAUCAGCCGGCAGCAGCAUCCUGGCGGAGUUCGGCACUUUACACCUGGAGUUCGUUCACCUGUCGGAGCUCUCCGGAAACCCAGUGUUCACCGAAAAGGUGAUGAACAUCCGAAAGCUGCUGGAUAAAAUCGAGAAGCCUCACGGUCUGUAUCCAAACUUCCUGAGUCCCGUCAGUGGAAACUGGGUGCAGCAUCACGUGUCGAUCGGCGGACUCGGGGACAGUUUUUAUGAAUAUCUGAUCAAAUCUUUUCUGAUGUCGGAUAAGACGGAUGAGGAGGCCAAGAAGAUGUAUUACAGCGCGAUGGAGGCCAUUGAGAUGAAUCUGGUGCAGAAGUCUCCUGGUGGACUGACAUAUGUGGCCGAGUGGAGAGGUGGAAUCCUGGACCACAAGAUGGGUCACCUGGCCUGCUUCUGCGGCGGGAUGAUCGGCAUCGGGGCUGAGGACGCUCCGGCAGGACAGAAACAGCAUUACCUGGAUCUAGCAGGCCAGAUCACUCACACCUGCCAUGAGUCCUACAGCCGCUCCGCCACUAAACUGGGUCCAGAGGCGUUCCGCUUUGACGGAGGAGCAGAGGCCACAGCCACACGUCUGAGUGACCGAUACUACAUCCUCAGGCCAGAGGUCGUCGAGAGCUACAUGUACAUGUGGCGUCUGACACAUGACCCCAAAUACAGAGAGUGGGGCUGGGAGGCUGUCGAGGCUCUGGAGAAGCAUUGUCGUGUGGAUGCGGGUUUCUCAGGAAUCAGAGAUGUUUACGCCUCCUCAGACAGUCAUGAUAACAUGCAGCAAAGCUUCUUCCUGUCCGAGACGCUCAAAUAUCUGUACCUGCUGUUCUCAGAGGAUGACCUGCUGCCGCUGGAGGAUUGGGUGUUCAACACAGAAGCUCAUCCGCUUCCCAUCAUCCGCAAAGCUUGCAGUACAGACGGACAGACGCCACUGGAGUAACAUCACACACACACACACACAGCUUAAACAAGGGUUCAGAUGCAGGGCUGAAACCUCACACCCCUGACAUGGAUUCUCAGCUCCUUUCUUGUAAAGGAUCCUUUCAUAGAUAAAUAAAUAAAUGAAUAUAUAUAAAUAUAUAUAUACACACGCUGUGAUUGUAUAUCUCUGAGCCGAGACUCUCUGGAUGUCAGGAGUCGGCCUAAUUUUUCCCGUGGACAAUCAGUGAAACGUGACUUUCUCGAGAAGAGCACCUUUUUUCUUUGCUUCUUUCCUCUGUGAG